UGUGAUAUGUCUGAUUAAGUACUUACCUGUUUGUAUUUGUUCAUUAUAGAGAAUACUAUAAUAUUACAAGGUAGCUAUGUGAUUGAGAUUUUACUGCUACACUAACAGCAAUCAUGGAAAAACGAACAGUUUUAUGGUACAUGACUUUCUGGGGGUUUGCUAUUAAUUACAUGUUUCGAGUGAAUAUUAAUAUAGCAAUCGUGUCAAUGAUUAAACAUUCAAUAUCGAAAACAAAUGUUACAAUUAUAUAUGAGUGUCUUAGGGACACUGAAUUGUUGAAUUCGAAUAAUACUAUUGCACAAAUAUCUUCAUCGGAUCUAAUUAAUGACAACAAAUUCGAAUGGAACGAAUAUCACCAAAAUUCAAUACUGGGUGCGUUUUUCACAUUACACGUGAUCAUGCAAAUACCAGGUGGAGUUUUGGCACAACGAUAUGGAACGAAAACCGUGUUUGGUAUCAGUAACGGCGUGGCGGCGAUAUUAUCAUUUGCAGUACCUGCAUCGGCAAAAUUCAACUAUAAAGCACUUGUGGCUCUUAGAGUUCUUCAAGGAUUCAUAGCCGGUGGUGCAUGGCCUUCAAUGCACACAAUGACCGCUAAUUGGAUACCACCACACGAGAGAAGUCGAUUUGUUUCAGCUUAUUUAGGAAGUUCGAUCGGUACAGCAGUAACAUAUAUCAUGUGUGGAUACCUCAUCGCCACGUUUGGUUGGGAGAGUGUAUUUUAUGUUAGCGGAGGACUAGGUUUAUUAUGGUAUAUUUGUUGGAUUUUACUAGUCUAUGAUACUCCAGCCAAACACCCUACUAUCAGUAUUAGAGAAAGGACAUACAUAGAAAAUUGUCUAGGUAAAACCAUACAAACUAGAUCAAAACCGUUACCGAUACCUUGGAAAUCAUUGCUUUUAUCCAAAGUACUGUUGAUUAAUUUAGUGACUCAAACUGGAGGUAUCUGGGGUUUAUUUACACUUGCGGCUCAAGCUCCAUCAUAUUUUAACUUUGUCUUAGGUUUAAAUAUAAAACAGACAGGUUUAUGGUCUGGAAUGCCUCAUUUGGUUCGAUGGGUGUUUUCUUUUGGAUUUAGUAUGAUAUGCGAUCGUUUAGUGAAAUCCAAAAGAAUGUCUUUGACCAAUGUACGCAAGAUGGCAACAUGCUUUUGUAAUAUUUUACAAGGAUUAUUCAUUUGGGGUAUUUGUUAUUCUGGAUGUAAUUCAAUGGUUGCAGUAUUCAUGCUUUUCAGCGCAACUGCCGUGAACGGUGCAAUAUCUUCUGGGGCACUCGCAGCAGUAGUGGACAUUGCACCAAACUAUGCAGGAGUGAUUCAAGGAAUUAUUGGAACUGUUUCCGCGUCCUCAGGAUUCAUUUCUCCCAUAAUUGUUGGUUAUUUAACCUUAAAUCAGCAAACAUUAAGUCAAUGGUGUAAAGUAUUUCAUUUAUCCGGAGCAAUAUGCGUAGGUACUGGGUUAAUUUACGUAUUUUUCGGAACAUCAGCUAUACAAAAAUGGAAUACAUACGAUGAUUCAGUUUCAAAUGAAAAAGAAUUGAAAUUAAUCGUUAAGAAACCUAAUAGUUCUUACACUUUGGAUACUUAGGUUUUUUGGUUUUUAUGUAAUAGUAAAGAAGAAUUAGUGGAUUUAUUUUUACACAUUGUUCAUGCA